ACACAAUCACCGACCAGGAUGCAGCCCGACCCCACGCGACGUGCUAUACUCGACUGCACUGCGGACCAGUCACCUGAGCUACCUACGUAUCACGAGUACUUACUCCGAGAGAAAGGCCGGCCGAUACUAGGAUUAGGGUGCCGGAGCCGUGCAAAAGCCUCUUCAUCCAGGCCGGUGUGGUAUGACGGCGACACGAUUGAAGGAGAGUUCAACUUAUGCUGCGGACCACGUUCUCCGUCGAGAGGGUCAUCGUUCGUGUACAAGGACGAAUUGCCCCUCCCGACGUGGGAAGACCAGAUGUCUUCUGGAGCACCUCUCAUACCAUCUAUGCUACUUCCUCCGUAAUACGCAGUGACGGCGCUAAUUCCACCGGUCUGAAAGCAAUGUUUCCCCGUCUACCAGCUGGGAAUUACCACUGGCUAUUUCGGGUUUUUCUACCAGAUUUUGUGACGAUCAAUACACGCUCAGGCGGGGAGUCGUUUCGCCUACCACCGAGCUUCAGACAAC